UAAACUCUCUAUAAAUAUACGCACUGGUAGAAAAGAUUACAAUCAUCAAACCCACAAAACAUCCUACAAGGCAAACAGAAAAAGAUUUAGAAAAUGGCACUACAUGGAACUUGGUAUGGGGAGCUUGACAUUAAGUCUCAGGCAGCCAGAUUCUUUAAAUCUUUCACCGACGACAUCAUCUCCCCUACUGACAGAAUAGCCGAGGAGGAGUUUGAGUCGAUAGAUUCGGAGAAGAGAACAGUGACGAUCAAAAUGAGCGGCUGUCUGAUCUCAGAAAAAUACAAGUCGGUCAAAGCAACAAUCACCGUUACGCCUAAAGAAGACGGAGACGGUAGCCAGGUGGGUGGACCAUCGAAUGCAAGAAGAUUAGCCUUGACAUCGACGAUCCACAAUUCAUCAUCGACACUCUUGUUAAUAUCUUAAAGGAGACUGAUGAGAAUCUUCUUCCAUAAUCUCUUAUAGCUCACAAGGUUCGUAUUUAUAUAGAAUAAUCUAACAAUUUAAAUUAAACUGGAACAGAUCUAUAUGUGUGUCUAAGUUUUAUUUAAGUAUCUUUAUUUACGUUACGCGGGAUGUAUAACUGGUGUGGCUAUCAAGAUGAAUAAUAUUAUGAUUUGCA